AUUUAAAGGGUUUCAUGUUGCUCUGGUUUUCUUAAAGCAGAAUGACGCAAAGAAAAUCUGAAAAAAGACAAAUUCAUAUUUAGAGCUUAUGAGGAAAUAUCUUAUCUAGUUUUUCUGUUCUUUGUUUCGGUGUUGUUUUCAUCUUUUUCAUCAUUUCAACUCUGGUGGACAAGAGACUCACUGAAACACGGUGUUGCUAUGGUUAUGUCAGUCAGAAGGGCUCCUCCUCUUCCUCUGAUCUUUCUGCUCAUGAUUCAUGAGGUUUCUAGUGCUGAUUGGAGUGUGAGUUAUAGACAUUCACACAUCUGUGCAAUAAAGGACUCAUCAGUGAUAAUGAGCUGCACUUAUACAUACCCUACUGGAUACAAGAUCAAGAAAGUGUUCUGGACCAAAAACCCUGUAAAAGUUGGUGAAGAGUAUCCAGAUCUGUCUGAGGACCCUGAAUACAGUCAGAGGCUUCAGUAUCUGGGAGAUAAACAGAAGAACUGCACCAUCAGACUGAGUCAUGUGAUACAGAAGGAUUCACACAUGUACUAUUUCAGUCUCAUCGCUGAUAAACCUGGUUUAUCCAACUGGAUUAAGCAGUGGAUCACAACUGUUAAAGAUAAUGUGAAAUGGAUUGGUGCUCCAGGAGCAUCUCUUACUGUCACAGAUCUUCAGGUGGAGUCUCCUGAGAAUGUCACUGAGGGUCAGAAUGUCAGUCUGACAUGUAAAAGCAGCUGCGCUCUGACUGACAGAGCAACAUUCAUCUGGUAUGGAAACUCAAAGCCAUUAACUGAAAAAAGAAACAGAAACAAUCAACUCUUGCUGCAGUCAGUCAGAAGAGAGGAUGCAGGCAGAUACAGCUGUGGUGUAAAGGGACACACUUACAUCUCUCCUGCUGUUCAGCUCAAUGUCACAUAUCCUCCAAACAGUGUCUCAGUGUCCAUCAGUCCAUCUGGUGUAAUAGUGGAGGGAGAUUCAGUGAAUCUGAUCUGCAGCAGUGAUUCAAACCCACCUGCAGAAAUCAACUGGUUUAAAGAAGGAAGGUUUUUAGGAUCUGGAAGAAUCUACAGCAUCUCAAAAAUCAGCUCUAAUCACAGUGGAGAAUACAAGUGCAAGUCCAGCAACAAAAAUGGAUGGAAAUACACUGCUGUGACUUUAAACGUCAUGUAUCCACCAAAGGACGUUGCAGUGUCCAACUUCAGUCUAUCUGGUGUAACAGUGGAGGGAGAUUCAGUGACUCUUAGCUGCAGCAGUGAUUCAAACCCUCCUGCAGACAUCAACUGGUUUAAAGGAAGAACGUUUGUAGGAUCUGGAAGAAACUACAGCAUCUCAAAGAGCAGAUCUAAUCACAGUGGAGAAUACAAGUGCAAGUCCAUCAAUGAACAUGGAGUGAAAUACUCUGAUGCUGUGAUUUUAAAUGUCAUGUAUCCACCAAAGAAUGUCUCAGUGUCCAACUUCAGUCCAUCUGGUGUAACAGUGGAGGGAGAUUCAGUGACUCUGAUCUGCAGCAGUGAUUCAAACCCACCUGCAGAAAUCAACUGGUUUAAAGGAGGAACGUUUGUAGGAUCUGGAAGAAUCUACAGCAUCUCAAACAUCAGCUCUAAUCACAGCGGAGAAUACAAGUGCAAGUCCAAAAAUAAACACGGAGAGAAAGACUCUGAUACAGUGAGGCUGAAUGUGACGUAUGCUCCAAGAAAUGCAGUGGUGUCCAUCAUCAGUCCAUCUGGUGUAACAGUGGAGGGAGAUUCAGUGACUCUGAUCUGCAGCAGUGAUUCAAACCCACCUGCAGAAAUCAACUGGUUUAAAGGAGGAACGUUUGUAGGAUCUGGAAGAAUCUACAGCAUCUCAAACAUCAGCUCUAAUCACAGCGGAGAAUACAAGUGCAAGUCCAAAAAUAAACACGGAGAGAAAGACUCUGAUACAGUGAGGCUGAAUGUGACGUAUGCUCCAAGAAAUGCAGUGGUGUCCAUCAUCAGUCCAUCUGGUGUAAUAGUGGAGGGAGAUUCAGUGACUCUGAUCUGCAGCAGUGAUUCAAACCCACCUGCAGAAAUCAACUGGUUUAAAGGAGGAACGUUUGUAGGAUCUGGAAGAAUCUACAGCAUCUCAAACAUCAGCUCUAAUCACAGCGGAGAAUACAAGUGCAAGUCCAAAAAUAAACACGGAGAGAAAGACUCUGAUACAGUGAUGCUGAAUGUGAUGUAUGCUCCAAGAAAUGCAGUGGUGUCCAUCAUCAGUCCAUCUGGUGUAAUAGUGGAGGGAGAUUCAGUGACUCUGAUCUGCAGCAGUGACUCAAACCCACCUGCAGAAAUCAGCUGGUUUAAAGGAAGAAUGAUUGUAGCAUCUGGAAGAAUCUACAGCAUCUCAAAUAUUAGCUCUAAUCAAAGUAGAGAAUACUCAUGCAAGUCCAGAAAUAAACAUGGAGAGAAAGACUCUGAUACACUGAUGCUGAAUGUGACAUAUUCUCCAACAAAUGUAAUGGUGUCCAUCAGUCCAUCUGCUGAAAUAGUGGAGGGAGAUUCAGUGACUAUGAUCUGCAGCAGUGAUUCAAAGCCACCUGCUGUGAACUUCAGCUGGUUUAAAGGAGGAACGUUUGUAGGAUCUGGAAGAAUCUACAACAUCUCAAACAUCAGCUCUGAUCACAGUGGAGAAUACAAGUGCAAGUCCAUCAAUGAACAUGGAGGGAAAUACUCUGAUAAUGUGACUUUAAAUGUCAUGUAUGCAACAAAGGCCACACCAUUGUCCAUCAGUUCACCUGCAGAGAUACAAACAGAUGCUCCAAAAAAUAUAGUGGUGUCCACCAGUCCAAUAGUGGAGGGAGAAUCAAUGACUCAUAAACAUGUAGAGAAAUACUCUGAUGCAGUGCCUUUAAAUGUCAUGUACCCUCCAAAAAAUGUCUCAGUGUACAUAAAUGGAUCUGCUGAAAUAGUGGAAGGAGGUUCAGUGACUCUGAUCUGCAGCAGUGACUCAAACCCUCCUGCUCUGAACUUCAUCUGGUUUAAGGAGAAUCAAAGCUCAGCUGUUGGAUCUGGACAGAGUUUCAGUGCACUACAGAGUGGAAGCUUCUACUGUGAAGCUCACAAUCAACAUGGAUCUCAGAGAUCAGAUGCUGUUACUGUCACUGUUAAAGAGCAUCACGGAUCCCGUUGGCAUGAAGUUUUUGGGAUCACAGUGGAAUGUGGAGUAUCAUUCAUCAUUGUUACCAUCACUAUCAUUAUCAUCAUGUUCAUAAUAAAGAAACUAAGGAGUUUUAAAUAUGAAUACAUCACAAUGACACAGAUCUCUGAAUCCAGUGAAGACACAUACAGACUUCUUGAGCUCCAGUCCACGACCUCUGAUCUGUAUGGCACACUCACAACCCUUCAUCCCAGACCUCUUGAACACUCAUGUACAACAGUUUUAUAAUGAAACUGAUUAACUUAAUUUAGUCUGUCUUCAUGUUAUUGACUGUUCAGAUCAACAGGAAGAUGCUGCUGUAAGAGGUGGAGCACAAAGUGUUAAUACUGAGCUCUGUGGGCGGAGCCACUUAUGACUCAGGGGGAUCACUGGGUUGCUUCAGUUUUUUAUUUCUUUAUGGUUUCAGGAGCAUUAUUCAGAGGUGGGUAAUCCAGGCGCCAAAGAGUAAAAGUCCUGCCAUAUUUUUGCUCCACCCAUGAACUCAGCAGCUGAUUUCACCAGAGGAGGAACCAAGUCAUUCCUUCCAAGUCACAAACUAGUCUUGAGUCAAAUCCCAAGUCCUCAAAGAGUUAAAGUUAAUUAGAUAAUUAAGUGACUAAUUAAAUGAAGAUUGUGCAUUAGCGAUGAACACCUGCUGUUUACAAUCAACAUCACUGAAGAAAAGAAAAACAGAAGAACUACAACUGACUUUAAGCACAGCCUUGGAUGAAAUCAACUGGAAGAAAAAAAAAAACAGUGUCAACAUAAUUGUGGUGAGUAUUUGCUUCAGUGGAGCCCUUGAGCCUUUAAGCAGUUUCCAUAAAUUUGCUUCUAAGCAAUUGCAUUAAUGUUUUACAGUAAACAUUUGUGCAAUGCUGAUACAAAUCUUGAUUUAGCAGAUAACAUAUGCUUUUGAUGCCUGAGUGAUCUUGAUUUCAAUUUCUUGAUUAUACUUUUAA